AUGACGUCUUUUGAACAAUUGUCAUCAACUCAGAAAAUUCGCGCAGCUUUGCAUCGACACGUUCGGGCUAUUAGUAAAGAAACAUGCCAUUUUCUUGGUUUGGAAAUCUCAAAGCCUGCAAUGGAAAUUAUUGCAGAACUUGUGUACAAGAAACUAUCUGUUUAUGGUGUAGAUUUGGAAGCUUUUGCAAAACACGGUAAGAGGUCGACGAUUAACACUGAAGACGUGAAACUCCUGGUGAGAAGAUGUCCUUCUUUGAAAACUCAUUUGAAUGCUAUAGCCCCUACUGUCUCUGUCACUAAAGAAAAAAAACGAAAGACAAUCACAGCAGCAGUACGACAACCUGAGACACCGACACCGAAAGCUAAAGAAGCUGAAAUUCAAACUUCGAAUCAAAAGGAAAGUGAGCUUCUAAUUUCGAAACAGAUUGAUUCAGGUGCUCACACUGCGACAGUGAAACAAGACGUUCAAAAAGAAGACGAAAGUAUGGAUGAUUUGAUAGAUUUAACCUUUGAUUAA